GGCGGGUCCGUGCGGGGACGUGUUCAGGAAAAAUGUGCGACGUGACGUAAGGCGACGUGCCGUGCCGUGCCACACCGCGCCUGCGCGCUGGGCCGGGGUUGCCGCGGCUUCAGAUGGCUAACUAAGAAUGCAUGGUGGAAGAUGAAGCUUGAACCAUGAAGAGAAAUAAACAGUGGAACAUCAGCAAAGCACUGGCUCUUGCCAGUUCCUAUCAUUUUUUUUAUUGUGCAGCCAAAGCCUGUAUAAUUCCAUUUCUUACCAUAUACUUCAGACAGCUCGGAUUGACUGCACCAUUUGUUGGGAUUGUGAUCGGAACAAAGUAUUUCGUAUCCUUGAUUUGUGCUCCCUUCUGGUCUUACUGUGCUAGACACCAUAACAAAAGAAGAAUUCUUGUAUUGUGUUCCUUGAUUUUAUUAAUAGGAAUUAGCUUUCUGUUUACACUAAUUCCACCUGUAAAUAAGGAAAUUCAGAACAAAUAUUGUAACACAAGUAUGUAUACAAAAAACAAUUGGAAUCAAAACACACCAGAGGACAAAAGCCGCAUUGGUGAUUUUGAGAUGAAUGAACUUGCACAUACCAUUCUUCCAACAACAGUAAAUAUUGCUUUGACAAGUCAUCCUAGUUCAGAACUCCGUGAUGUACACAGUACUGAAAUGAAAAUGAAGCUGCACUUGUUGACCACUGUAGAAUCGCCUGUUAGAGAUUUAACCAAACAACCAUCUGAGAAUAUUACAGGUUCAGAAAUCUCUACUCAACCAUCAGAAGAAACGGAAAGUACAAAAAAUGUAGACCAUUUUCAAUCAAAACAGAUUCUGCCUGUUAAAGUCUCUGGCUAUACAAGAACUGUGGAAGAAACCACCAAGCAUUUUUCUUUGCUGAAACAUAGAAAGGAGGAAAAUGGCAGUUUAGGUGUUCAUUUCAGUACACCAAAUAUUCCCAUUGUCAAAAGGGAUGUUACGUUGAAGCCCAACCCUGAUGACAGGAAUAAAAAUCAACAGCUUAACUUUGAACCAAAUCAUAGUCUUAAAAUCCUAGAUAAUUGGCAUCAGAUGUUGGUGCUUAUUCUGCUAGCUGUAUCUUUAUGGGAGGUUCUAGCAUCAGCUCUGGAUUGGGUUACAGAUGAUGGGCUGUAUGACUACCUGGACUUUGUGGACGCCGUUGACCGCUAUGGCAAACAAUGGAUUUGGGGAUACUUGGGUACAGCUGGAGCAGCUUUUAGUAUCGGUAUCCUCGUGGAUAGGCUGAACUGUUUCCUCAAUACACAAACUUCGAGAACUGCAGUGCACUUCUUUGCUUAUGCUGCAGUACUUUUGUUGGCACUUAUUGUUGGAGUGUUCUAUCCAAUACACACGGCUAAGAGAAAAGAUGCAGUCAACCAAACUUUUAAAGGAUUGCAUCUGUUGGGAAGUGAUGGAAGAGCUGUCUUGUAUAUAAUUACAGUCUUUAUCACUGGAGCUAUUGGAUCUACAAUAAAUAACUUCCUCUUUUGGCAGAUGCAGGACAAAGGAAGCAGUGAGGCAUACAUGGGUACUGCAGUGGCAAUUGGCUGUAUGGCUGAAUUUUUAUUUUUCCAUUUCAAAGACAAAAUGUUAAAUGUCCUUUCGUUCUCUGGAACAGUUGGAUUUGGGCUAAUUUGUCUUGCAGCUCAGCUGCUCUACUAUUCAUUCCUAUGGUCCUCUUGGGCAGCAUUGCCUAUUCAAGUUUUGAAUGCAUUUAGCAAUGGUGCCUUGUGGUGGGCUGUUCUGAGUCAAUCUAAUGAUAUAGCUACCCCUGGUAUUGAAAGAACACUCCAUAAGAUCUACCAUGGGAUAUCUUUUGGUCUGGGUGCGAGUUCUGGCAGUUUUUGCAGUGGCUUCAUUGUGGAUAGUUUUGGCAUAGAAAGGCUUUAUCAAGCUUGCUCUGUUACUGCUAUGCUUUGGGCAGUGAUUUUUCUCGUUGUACAAUCAAAGAUCCCUCGACAAAAAAGGUUAAAUUACUCACGUCUGUUAGCAGCUGAUACUAGUGAUAUGAGUGACUCAGAUGAUGAGCAAAGUAAUGACUGGCUUGUUAAAGCUUUGAAAAAUGAUGAUUUUUAAUGAAGUGACCAGUUUACUUUUUCCUUUUUUCCUGCUGAAUAAACAAGAAAUCUAAAUAGUUAGCAUAUAUUGUCAGGUUCCUUUAAGAAUCCAUGCCAAAAUGUAGAGAACCCAUGGCAUAGGAAUUUUUAGAUUUGAUAACCUAGUUUCAAUUAAAUGAUUUAUGCUGUUAAAUACUGUGUACAAUUUCUAUUUGAGGAUUUUUCAUUCAAACAGGCACUUUUAUCUGCAAACUUGCAGGAUUAAUCUUUCUACCAAAACAAAUUAUGGGAAAUAGUUUUUUGUAUCACUAGAAUAUUUAAAAUGUUCCUGUAAUAGAGAGUAAAUGCGGGUGUAAUUGAUUAUGCAAUGUCUCUAAUAUAAAAUGUGGCUAUUUGAUUUCCAGUGAACAAUAGGAGGAUCAGAAGUUUUUGACACAGAAUUUAUGAUCCCCAGUUUCAUUGUUUGAAAUGAGGACAUGCCAUUUAAGGUUCACCACUUAAAAUAUAUAUAUAUGUGUGUGUGUGUAUGUGUGUAUGUAUAUUAUAUAUAUAUAUAUAUAUAUAUAUGUGUAUGUAUAUUAUAUAUAUAUAUAUAUAUAUAUAUAUACACACACACACACACACACAUAAAAAUUGCAUUUAUGCAGCACCUCUACCUUAUGCUCUCAGAGCAAUCAAAAAUAUGUCACAGCAAAAAAAAAUACUUGUUGCCUUUAUACCUGUCUCGUGCUCAAUCUUGUGCUCCCUCUCCACCUUGCUUUCACUUGUGCGUGCUCUGGCUCACUUCUCAUUUGUGUGUACUCUUAUUUUUCUCCUUUUGCAUUUCUUCUCCACUGUCAUCCUUUAGAAUACCUGUGGAAUAUUAUAUAAAAGCCAUAUUCAGGUUCUUGAUUAGUUGCUGAGCAUCCUUGGUGGAGGUAUGGAUCAAAGUUCUGGUUUAUCCCUUUUUGAUGGGAAUUGCUGUAUGAUAUUGUGACAAACUUGGAGGUGGAGAAGAGCAGUUACAGUGUUUGUUAACAAAAUGGGGAAUUGAGACAAGUUUCCAUUUAAAAUGUGGAGUGGAAUGAGAUCAGUUGUUUAAUAAUUCAUGUUCUUCGGUCUCUUAAACAAAUUUUUAUGCAAUAGCGUACUUGGAAAUCUUAGACAGAAUAUGACACCCGUGCAGAGCUGCUGAUGUGUUUACAUUUAAGCAUAUCUACUUGCUAGAAUUUCUGUUGGGAGUUAAACUCGAGUUAGAUUUCAAAUAAAAAUAUACCAAGUGCUUGAGGUACAAUGUAGGCUUGUCACCAGAUGAAAAGAAAAGGCAAGUUUUUUGGGUGGAAGUGUUUGUGAUCCAAUGAAGGAAGCAGAGAUUUUAAAAAAAGCUAAUAAUAUGCAUUUGCCAAUUGCUGCUAUUAGCACAAAGCUAUUUAAUUUUCACAAGAUGUUUAAGAUUUUCCUGAUUUGAUGUCAGUCAAGCAUUAAAGCAAAUUUAUGUUGCACUGUUUUGCUCGUUUUGUCAACAAUUAACUUUUUGUGGAGUAAACUAUAGUAGUAUGGUGAAGUCAUUUUAGCUGCUGAUGGGGAAAUGUUUUCUGUCUUCCACCAUGUGAGUUUUAUUCGUGUUCUUCCUUUUCCUCAACAAACUUCAGGGUAACAGAUGUCUCCUCAGUCUAAUGAAACAAAACUGUUUCUCUGCCAGUAAGUCACGUGAUGAAACAAUCUGCUUUAAAAAUCUGUCAAUUUAAAAAGAAAUACUUGGUGCUUCACUGAAUGUAUUCCAGCUAUGAAAUCUUACCAAACUGCACUAAUAUUCUAAUAAAUAUGCCAGUUUAGCUAGUUUUCUUGUGAGCUAAAAUACAGCUAUAUAGUGGAACCAUUUUUUUUACCUGCAUACAAGUGGAGAAUUUUGAUUUACAGAACUUCCGAACAUUCUACAUAUUUUUAUAUGCAAUUUUGAAAUGAGAACCAUUGCACAGGAACCUUGUGCCUCAGUCUGCUAGCAAGCCAAGAAAUAGGCUGAGGAAGAUGGGGAACUUGCUUCACUCUUCCUCAAAUAAUUAGCAUUCCCAUGUAAGUGCAUGGAAGUUUACAGUACUAUUGUGGUUGCAUUUGAAAAAGGACAUCUGUGUAUAGUAACUGCAUCAUAUAUUUUUAAGAAGAUAUUGCUUGACUGUAUAAGCUCCCCCUUUGUUGACAGAGAAGAAAUACAAGGGUCAAUGAUGCCUUAAAGAAACAAACCUCAAAUCCUUUGAUUAACAGUACAAUUUGAGGGCAUGAAUUUUUUUUAAGGCUGAGUUAUUCCUUAAACAAGUAGCUCCAUUAUUGAAGUAUGCUACUCUAAAAUAUAUCUAGCCUAGCAUUUUCCCACUUUUUUAAAAAUUAAAAAUAGUUCUAAAAACAAUGCACCAUUCUAAGGUCAUCCAUAUUUUUGGUAGAUUCAAGUCAGGCUUUGCUCCACCCCUCCGUUUGUCUCUCUGCCUCAUUAGUAGUAGGAUGAACAAAAUGUUGGGUUUUCUUUUAAUUGUAGGAAGCAUUAGCUUAAAUUUAGUUGAGGUUUACUUCCACUGGUAGGGGAUUGAAAGGAGGAAUGAUUAUUUUGACAAUUAUUUUAAAAUGAUAUACUUCUGUAAAAAAAAAUGAUUUGUGGUAAGAAAGUAAUUUGGAUACCUUUUCGCACUGGUAAAGUAAAGCUGAAUGUGCCUUAUUCUGGAAAGCAUGCAAUGUCUCUGCCUUCCAUGGUUCAAAACCUGGAGUGGGUAAUUAAACUACUUUAGUUGGUAACCACUGUUGUGUAAUAUUUGGUUAUACACUGAUUAUCUUUGGAUGUUAAAUAUUAGUAAAUGUAUUAGUAGAAUAUUUAUUUUGUUGGUGACUGGAUAUAUUUUAAAUCAUUAAUUUUAUUAAAAAUUGUUUAAUCCUG